GAUUGGCCUUGCGAUGGAUUUCAUCGGGGACACGACUACGGGUGAGAGCUGGACACUCAGCCGCGGCAUGAGAGAGUUAGUACUGAGUCAACAAGAAUGGUUCAGUCUGGCUCUCGACAUUGCCAAGUCACUUGGGGUGAUUCAUGAGAAAGGCUUUUUGAUGAACGACCUCAAGGAAGACAACUGCUUGCUUCGUAAAGGUACAACUGGGCGGUGGCAGGCAGUUAUCGUAGACUUUGGGCUGGCUUGUUCCCGAACCGAACCCUUCUCCUACUGCUUUUCCAUCGAGGAUAAGGAGAAGUACCAAAGAAAGGAGAUCUAUACCCACAUUGCCCCAGAAUGCGCUCUCGAUGACCAUCCGAUCUCUGUCUCGAGCGACGUGUUCCAGCUCGGCCGUCUGUUGACCAUGAUGGGAGAUCGUACGAACACCGCCGAUCUCACCGCCAUCGGGAACAUCUGUCGGCAGGCUACACACCUCUGCCGACCCACCAUCGACGAGAUCGUCGACGAGCUCGAGAGGGUAAUGUAGGCACACACUGCAUUUCAAGAGAUAUCAAAUCAUAUCCCCAGUUCACAUAAAGUUCCGAAACACAUUUUUAAAACACGUUUGAAGUAAUAUGCCAUUUGGAUUAAAAGCUGUAUAAAGUAAGCUUAUUUCAAUUUCACAUCUUAUUCAAGACACAGCUGCGUAUUCAUGUGCAGGAUGAUGUUUUUUGAUAACUUUAAUACAUUUUGUAUUCAGAUAAAUGUCGUUUUCAAACUGUCUUGAAAUCAGGAAAAUUAUAUGCUUCUUUUCAUCUUGCAUCAAACAUGCAGUAGAAACACUGAACAUGCAGUAGUAACACUAAAUGGCAAAAUGAACAAACAAACAAUUGCUAAAAUGAUGAGUUCAUUAUGAAUUCAUUCUUUAAAGUGUAAAAAAAGAUAUAACUUCUCACUUUCAUUCAACUUCUUAUUCACGUAAAUUGAUAAAACGAAUAUUCGCAAAAAAAAAUACAAUAAUGUGAAGUAUUUUUCAACAUUAUUACCAAAAAGAAACGAACUGCUUAUUCUAUAUUUGGUUCUCCUCGAUAAAACAAAAAACAAGAACGAACUUUUUUUACUGCUCAUCACAACUUGUAUCAUCCAAAGAGAAGUUGAAUUUUCAAUAGUAAUAAAAGUGAAAUUUUAACAAAGUAAUUAUUAACGAUGAUGCACGUUUCUCAAAUUUCACGAACUUUUUCCUCAAGGAAAGAACUACCUGGAAUAUAUAUUACAGAUAAAUAUAUAUGAAAGAUAACUAAACUUUAGGUAAUUGCAGGGCAAUUGAUUUAUUAUCUUUUGAAUUGCAGUGGAAGGGUAAGUAUUGUAAAUAUUCUUUAUAUACUAUUUUACUUUAUAAUUCUCAUAGCUGCUCGAUAUUACAAUUAUGAUUGAUAUAUCAGUUUGGAAAAUACAAGGACCCUAGUUGUAUAAAAGUUACUAUUCGGGUAAUAUUUUCAUCCAAUGGUAACUACAUGCUCGUAUUGCUCAACAAUAAAUUCAAAUCUAGGUUGAUCAUGGAUAAUGUGGAGAUUUCCAUUGGAUGACAAAUUCAUUUUGAAGCAACCGGGUUCUACCCACAAACCAUUACAUUGAGAUUAAACUUGCUCGUUAAGCGGAAGAAGUUCUGCAUGCAGUAGGCCUACUUCUAAAAAAAAAUCACGGCUCUCGGUAAAAAAAAAUAUUGAUUUGAUUUGUUAUCAUUCCAUUUCCAGUUCGAGUCGGUCAGGAUGUCAUUUACAUAGUCUGCAUACAAAUAUCCUGAUUGAAACUUUUACCACUGAAAGUUAGCUUCAUAAAUCAAAUCAAAUCAAGAGGGGGGCUUUUGCAGUAGUAUGCAAAUUCAGGCCACUUUCUUGAAAAGAAAUGGUUUACCCAGCAAACUAACUAUUAUAUUUCAUUGAUAAAGAUCAUAUCACCUGAUCGACAACGAUAAAUUUCAUCUGAAUUUCCGUUUCAAAACAAACCAAUUGCAUAUACAAACAUAAUGAUAUACAAGAUAAUUCGCAUGCAACUUGUAAUAUAUGAAAAAAAAACAUGAAUCGCUUGAUGUCUUAGAAAAAUGACUCAAGAACUAUUAUUUGAAAUGUAACUUACUGCAAAAGAAUCCGGUCAAUAUUUAUUUAAGGAGAUUUUCAUUCACUGUUCAUUUUACGGAGAUGGAACAAUCGGUAUAAAAACCGAAGGUAGUCCAUCACGGUACAGAGCGGGGUGGGGCUCUGUACACAGG